UUUGAUCAUUUCCGGUAAGGAAGUUGUCCGACCAAAACAAAUGUUAGCUCGUCGCUGACAGAUUUUGCGACUUUGAAUGAGUUUCACUUUAUUUGAAUCCCAGAAGUAUCCCAGUUGCUUAUCACCAACCUGUGUAUCCAUGGAGACGCCAGAGCCGGGCCCAGCAGAUGGAGAGGAGCGUCUGGUGGAGCUGCGACCUCGAACUCGUUCCAACCCAGAAGGUGCUGAGGACCGUCGCAGCAGCACGGGCAGCCUCGGAGGAAACAGUAACCCCAACAUAUCUCAGCCCGCCGUGGGAAGUCGUGUUGAGGGCGAAGGCGAGGCUUCCACCAGCGAUAGUCCUCCAAGUUCCACCACCACAACUGUCUCAGCUGCUGCUGCUCAGACCGCAGCCCCUGCUGCAGUGGUAACAGCAGCAGCUGCAGCCAGUGCCACAGUGCCACUAUCCACUGCUGCUGUUGCAGCCAAAGAGAGGCCGAAGCCCACGCAGCAGCAGCCCACAUUGACCGCCCCCGUGCCUCCACCCGCAGAGUACCAGUUUAGAGUUCCCCGUGUAAACUGUCCAGAGAAAGUGAUCAUUUGCUUAGACCUUUCCGAAGAGAUGUCUUUGCCAAAGCUGGAGUCUUUUAAUGGAUCUAAAACAAAUGCCCUGAACAUAUGCCAGAAGAUGAUUGAGAUGUUUGUCAGAACUAAACACAAGAUUGACAAACGCCAUGAGUUUGCUUUGGUAGUAGUCAAUGAUGACGCUCUGUGGUUGUCAGGCUUCACCUCUGACCCCAGGGAGCUCUGCAGCUGUUUGUAUGACCUUGAGACCAAUGUGUGCGAGUCCUUCAACUUGGAAGAUCUUCUUAAUGUGAUUCGCCAGAAGAUCGAGCUCCCGUUGAUGGACAAUGUUCAGACUGUCCCUCCUCCAUAUGUGGUGCGGACUGUGCUCAUCUACAGUCGUCAUGCAGGGCAGCUUCAGUUCAACCCUUCUGAAGCUGUUAGUAAGAUGCUGCAGUCUCCAUAUUUUUUCUUUGAUGUUGUCUACCUACACAACGGGGUGGAGGAGCAGGGGGAUGAGACGAGCUGGAGGGACAACUACACCUCUUUCUGCAACCUGGACUCAAAGGGCAUGUGCUACCGCUUUGAGGUGUCCCUGAGUGGACCUGCCAUCGAGCUGCACAACUGCAUGGCCAAACUUCUGGCUCACCCUUUACAAAGACCUUUCCAGAGCCAUGCGUCCUACAGCCUUCUGGAGGGGGAAGACCCCCAGGACAUUGAGGCAACGGUCUAAAACGUCACGCACUCAUGAAGCUCCGUUUCUCUGUGAAAAUCACACUGUGGGGUUUCCAAGUACACCUCAUUACUGAGGGUUUCUCCCUUAACUGCUGUACAGCAAUAUUUCUUAAGAAUACGUGGGAAAACCAGACAUAGUUAAAAAGAAGCAUUAGUGUUUCAGCUGGUUACUAUUAACUCAAUCAUUGUAUUUCCAUAAAAGAAUGAAUGAGACAUUGAUUUUUCUAAGUUGGGGAAGUAAUAAAAUGAUCUGGUUGUUAGCUGUGAAACUGCUGGAGGCCCUGUGGACGAAAUGAUGAAGCGAAUGUGAGAGGGUCCAGGAGCAGGACAUAGAAGGAAAAGAUAAAAAAGGCCAGACCCAAUGGUUAAAGCAUCAGGCUUUGUUAAAUUAAUUCCCUAAUCAAUCUUAUCUCAAAUCUUAGACCACACUAAUUUAUCUGUAAGUCUUUCAUUGCUGGCCUUUUAGACUUUGAAGUAAUUAACUGUUAUAUGAUGUCAAAUGUUCUGUAACAUUGCCUUUCCUUUUUGUUGAUAAUUGUCACCUUUUGUUGCCUGUUUUCAAAGGUAUAGUAUGCAGGAUUUUUUGGUUGCUUUGUGUAAAGACGGCAUUCAAAGUUGGCCCCUCCUGCCCGGCUCAACGAGAGAGAGAGCGGCGGUGGUCGAGCCAGCUGGAGAGUGACUAAAGUAAGGGAGCAGCAUUAGUGACAACAAAGCAGUGAAUCAGAAAAAUCAAACUUUAUUUUCUGAUUAUUUCAAAGUAGUUCCUCCACGCUACCCUGUGGGAAGUGCUGCCUUGCCAGAUUUUGCCGCAACCAAUUUGAGUUUUAGACCUUGGAAGUGAGGAUAUUUUCGGAGUGUGUGUGUGUGUGGCUGUGUGUGGCUGUGUGUGUGGCUGUGUGUGGCUGUGUGUGGCUGUGUGUGGGUGGGUGGGUGGCUCAGCCUCGGUCAAACACACACAGACCUGCAGUUCUUUAUACUGUAUAUAUCUUUGACAGACAGAGAUGUAGCCGAGUCACCACAUUAUAGACUCUUGACCUCACACCUGCACUGUUAUUGGCUGGGAGCUACACGCCCACUACCCAAAGGUUGACACCCAGAAAUGUCCCAAACACAGCAAAAUAAGAAGAAAAUACAGUGAGAGGGCAGAAAGAGCCUCUGCAGAUAAAUACACCAACACACACACCUAGUGGGUCAUAAGAUGCUUGCAGAUUAUUUUUAUAUGAGUCUAUACGUGUUUUUUUAAGGAAAAUCCUGCAUAUUAUACCUUUAAUGUAUUGUUUUUCAUUUUACAAGGGGUUGUUUAAGUUUUUUUUGUCACUCUUGUAUGUUACACAGCACAAUGAGAGAAUGUACAAUAAUGUAGAUGUGGCCCCUCUUUGGACAGCGGCCUCUGUGGCACUGAUGGAUUGAUUGUGAAAAAGGCCCCUCGUACUGCCAGUCUAGCUGCACUUGAAACACAUUGUACAGAUGGGCUUUUUGAAGCCGUUUAUGGAUAUUAAAAAAAGGCAUGUUUAAUCUUAUGUCGCGUAUGUGCGUUCCAUGUUUUUGUCAGGAGAUGGCAGCAAAUCCCCUCCAGAAAGAACUGAAUUCAAUGGCAAAACGCGACUGUGGCACAUGAGGGUAGAGAAUAGUGUAGUUUCUUUUAUUGGUACCACAUCCUCAGUUCAAAAGUGUCGUUUUUAAUAGAUGUUUUAUGCUUUGAUCAGAUGUCUGUUGAGCUAAAAGUUUCUACUUAAAUCUCCACACAGCUUCAGAGCCAAGCUUCAUAAUCCGUGUCACUCUAGUUUUUGACUCUGCAGGCCUGUAUAAUAGCAUGAUUAAGCGGUUGUUGUUGUUGCUACCUUAU